GCUUGUCUUCUGCUGCCCGGCUCUGCCUGUGGUGCUCAGCGUGGGCCGCAUCUCCAACACUCUGGGAAUUCCCUAUGCCUUCUGCAAAGGCCGAAGGAUCACCCCGAGCUACUCCUGCGGCCGCGGCCUGGGGACCCAUGUGGACAUGCCAGCGGAGCCCAACAAGCCGGCCCAGUCUGCUGCGGAGUGCCUGAGAUACAUGGUCGUGAAGCUCAAUCUCGAGCGGAAGAAGAAGCGGCUAGCGGAGAAGAAGAGGAAGCGCAAUCUGCAUGACCUGAAGCGCUUCCCGC